AUGCUUGAAGCUAAUCGUAGCCUUCCGUUGCAGUUGUCUCGGCAGCCUGAGGAAAAGGUCUAUUUUGAAAACGUGGAGUUAAGCCCUGCUGAGAACGAAGAAGAAAGUUAUUUUGUUUUUCACGGUCAGUGUAUGGUUCUAGGCGACUCUAGGGUUGGCAAAACAAGUCUGGUUAAAUCGCUUACAGGAAAGGAAUUUGAUCCCAAUCAAACCAAGACACAAGGAAUAGAUCCGAGUCUCGUGGACCAAAAGUGGAACUACUACAAUAUGACGGAACUUAUUUUCGGAGACCUCUGGAGGUUCUUCACAUAUGGAACAGUAGAAGUGCUAUUUAUUAGAACUGGCGAAGCAACCAGUAACGUUGUAGUUGAGCAGUUUGUGUUGUCGAAAAUGUCGUUACCGUUUCAUUUACUUUUGUGGGCCUUUUAUGUGGUUAACAUAUUGGUCAUGUUAAUAAUGGGAGAAAAUUAUUGGCUCACCGCUGGGGCAAUGUUAUUCCUCUCAAUGAAUUAUGUUCCGGAGAUUGCUCUAUUGUGUUCAUAUCACUUUACUCGCAAUCAAUUACGAUUUAUGCUAGCCACGUUGAGUUUUAUUAUCAGGCGUCGAGGUUUAUUAAUAGGCUCGUAUCUCGCAGCAAUUAUUUGCUACUGGGAUGAAACUUACUGUGACUUGGUCGUUAUUCAUGCGAAACUACCGUAUUUGGCAACAGCCACAGUAAUCACUUUUGUCGCUUUGUUUGUAGCAAUGGGACCUUCGGUACCAUGGAUGAACGACUAUCAGCGCUUUAUACACCUCUAUACCGGACGAAUUAUUCAGGAUCAACUUUCUCUGUGGUUCCUCUGUUUCACUCGCUUACUGUUAUCAAUCUCCAUUGGGUUUAUUUCUGGCUUUCAAGCAGUUUCACUUAUUGUUGCGUCAUUCCGAAAAGUUCCUGAAACAGCAUUGGAGGAAAGCACAGACCUGUCAUUUCGACCUUUUUAUGUGGUUGACUUGUGCGUUUACCAUUUUGUAUUGAAUUUUCCAGUUUCUAUUUGUUAUGAAUGUCUUUGUCCGCGAUUGGAGAAACUAUUGCCACGGCCUGACACUUGGGACAUAUAUGGAUUGAUAUCACUUUUUGUCACUCUAAUAUUUCACCACUAUAAACUCGUGUUUACAUCAGCACGUUUUUAUUUUGUAAUUCUAUUUCCUUUAUCCAUUUUCUAUACGAUUUAUGUGGAAUUAUUUUACCUCCAUUCAACGGUCCCUGGGAACUUUAAAACCCCAAACAAGUUGAUCACAUUAGUAUCUGGAAAAGCACUUACGAUCAACAAAAAAAUGUUGAAAAGUGCACUGUAUGAAAAGUUUUCAUCUCUCAAACUGAAGAUACUUGACUUUGCUGGCGAUAAAGAAUAUUAUGCGUACCAUCACAUGUUUCUUAGAGGACAUGCCAUUUACCUCAUAGUAUUUAACAUAGCUGAGUUUGCGGCGAAUGAUUUCACGGAAAAGAAUGUAGGAAUUCAAAGACUUAAGUUCUGGAUUGAGUCUGUCUGUAGCCAUGUACCACCCAAAGCACUAAUUUUUCUUGUUGGAACUCAUAAAGGAACUGUUGAUGAAAAAGAUAUUGAAAUAAUUGAUUUCCACCUCGGAAGAAACCUGUGGAAUUCCCACUGUGAUGAACUGAUAGUGAAUGAUGUAGAAGGAUUGGUCUUCUUUCCCGUUGAGAACUCUCUUGGAAAAAGUGACUUUGGAAUUCAGUGUCUUCAAAAAAAAAUUGUUGAUGUUGCUGAGCACUGCAAGGAAACCAUAGGUCAUGACAUUCCUCUGCCUUGGGUUAGAAUACAAGAUGCAAUUAUCAGACACACAGAAACAAAGGGAGCCAAGUUCUGUGUCACACUUGAUGAGUUUCCGAGGGCAUUUGAAAAUUUUGUUUGCACAGAUUGGUCAAAGGACACCUUGAAGUACUUCCAUGAGAAGGGUCUGGUAAUUUACCUGGAGAGAAAUCAGAGUCCAGAUUUGUCCAACUGGGUGCUUCUGAAGCCUGAAAUACUGGUUGACAUCAUCAUCCAACUUGUCAUACCACCACCUGAGGUCACCCAGGAAAGAGGCUUGAGGCAUGACUGGAAUCUCUUACAGAAAAAGGGACUGUUGACAAAAUCACUCUUGAAGAACAUCAUCUCAAAAGUAAAGGAAAAUAUAGAAGCCAUGACAGCAUUCCUUGAGGAAUAUGAUUUGAUCUGCCCCUUGGCAAAUAGUAAGGUGAACAUGAUCAGAGUGUGUGAAGGUGAGGAGCAGCCAACACACUUUGUACCCUCCUUGUUACCAAUGGCCUCAGAAAGGGACACGCCCAUAUGGUAUGAUGAUGACACUGAUAAGAAGUGUUAUGUAUUCUUCACCAAGUUCCUACCUGAACCUCUGUUCCAUCAUCUGCUUUCUCGUGCUCACAAGCUUAGUACUAGGGUGGAGUUUCCUAAUGGUCAUACAGUUUUGUUCAGAGAUGCUGGCAGGUUCUGGUUGAGAGCUUGGCAACCUUACUGUCUCAAGUUGAUGAAGGAGGAGAAGAUGAUUGAAGUCACAUUCAGCUGUAGGUAAGGACUGCACAUUUAAAAAGGGUGUUAAAUUUUAUUUAUAUGUAAAAUGAUUUUGACAAGAAAAUAGUACUGAUUUAUGAAUCUGCUUAUUAAUUUGUUGUUUGUUCUGUUCAUUGAGUUGUUGUUCAAAGCAUUCCUAGUGUUUAUCAACACAGCAUAUAAGUGAGGCCCCAGUGUCUUCGCACUGGAUACACAAAAUUUUUUGUGUAACCAGAAAUGUCAGUUAAGGGAACUUUAAUUGGUCAUGUUCAUGAAAGCUUGUAAAAAGACCUGAUAAAGGAUAGCUGUUUAAGGAUCAAAGGAUUGUGUCACCUGACAAAAACUUGUAAAAAUCUAAAAAAAUCUACUCAAAGGCAUCUUUGAAGUUUGGUGACACUUGAGAAUAAAAUUAUUAUUGUUAAGUAGGUUAUUAGGUAGCCAGUAUAAAUUGUAUCACGACAUCAGGGUCAAGGCCCGGGGGGGGCACUGCCAUAUAUGGGCUAUAUAGGUAUGUGCCGCUGUGAAGGGUAUGGUUUUCAAGCAGUUUACUCUGGGAUAGGGUAUAUAAAUCAGAGUGUUUGGGUCUAGAAUAGGGUAUCAUUUUUCAGGAAACUGAUCAGUUGGUUGAAGAUUUUAUCUGGAGUAGGGAAACGGGGAAUUGCCACUCAAACAUAUAAAAAAAUCAAAUUUGAAAUUUGAAAUUUACACAACUCAGCUUGUUUUGGCUAGACUAUGCUAGUGACCUCAGUAGUUUAUGGAAAACAGCUACUCUAGGAUAGGGGGGAUUUGGGGAGUUUACUCUAGUAUAGGGUGGCAAAAUUCAGCUGAACUAGCUCUGGUAUAGGUUAAGGGUUCCAGGGUACCAGCGGCACAUCCCCACCCAGAAAUUUCUAAAGUACCCCCCCCGGGGGUCAAGGUCUGUGAUCUACAAUGAAUAGCCAAUGGAGUACAUGUACUUGUAUGCAAAAAGGAAAAACAGCACAUCCCUUGAGCUUAGAAAGCAGUGAUUUUCUUAUACCCAAAUAGUCAUGGUGAGUCCUGGGACUCGAUCAUCUUGUGAAAAAUCAUGAGUCUGAGUCCAGAACCAUUGAGUCCCAGUUCAAAAACACGAGUCCCAGGGUCUUUAUGUAACCACACAGUUAAUCUGAAGACAGACUCCAAAACUCUGUAUUACAGUUUACUGAAAUAAAAAUAUACCCCCACUAUUGUCAAGCACAACAAAGACUGAAAGAAAUAUGCAUUGUUAAACAACAGCCACAGAAUUCACACAAAAAGGAUAUUCUACAAAAACAUCUUCAGAUUGAUCAAUCGAUCUUUGGACGCUUACCACAAAUUAUUUUGCGUCUUUUGGGAUUUUUAUGUGUCAGGGAUGCAGGACGCAGAGGCAACAAAAUCACUGCUAAUUGUCUAUUGUAGUGUUUAAGGUGAGAGUAAAAAAGCAUACUGCCGUUUCUUUAAUCAGAUCAGAUAAGCGAAUGAUGCCAUCAGAUGUGCUGUGUCAAGUGUUUUCCAUGGUUGAUGGAAUCUGCCACAGGAAUUUCCCUUUUGUUAAUUUCCACUGUGGGCCAGCCUGUCCCGCACCCAACUGCCCUGGUUAUCAACCAAACUAUGUGUCACAGUUAGUUGGAGAGGAACAAGUGCCACGCAAGCAUGUGUUUGAUGUUAUGCCUGGACGGCAGGGUGACAGAAUUUCCUUUAUGUACUGUAAAAACCGUAGUUUUGAAGAAGAGUUGGAUGAAUGGAUUCCUAAGACAGAAAAGAAAAAAUGA